AUGCUGUCCUCCAACAAGUUGUACGUCACGUGCGCGACCGCGGCUCUGAUCAUGUCUAGCAUCGCUGCUACGGAAUACAACGAGGACUUGCAUCUUGGCGUUGGCGCAGGUGUGGGCCUCAACCUCGGCGGCACUACAAUCGGUGCUGGCGCUGGCGCUGACGUCAUCCUCGGUACUGGCAACGCAGAGCAAAUCUCCUAUGCUCCGUGCCCUGACUCGGAAGGGAACACUGAGCACCCGCCGGCGUCAUACGGUGGUUAUCCCUCGACUAUCAUUGGCGUUGGUGCCGGUCUUGGCGCGAAUAUUGGUGGCUCCGGUGGUCUGUCCGUCGAUGCUGGUGCUGGUGCCAUCGUCGGUUCCGGCACUGCCGGCCACCGAUCGACUUUUGAUGACUACAAUGGCAUCGGGGUUGGUGCGGCUGCCGAUGUGAACAUCGGUGGUUCCGGUCUUCUGUCCGCAGGCGCUGCUGCUGGUGCCAUCGUCGGUACCGGCACUGCUGACCACCGAUCGACUUUUGAUGACUACAAUGGCAUCGGGGUUGGUGCGGCUGCCGAUGUGAACAUCGGUGGUUCCGGUCUUCUGUCCGCAGGCGCUGCUGCUGGUGCCAUCGUCGGUACCGGCACUGCUGACCACCGAUCGACUUUUGAUGACUACAGCGGCAUCGGCGUUGGUGCUGAUGUGAACAUCGGUAGCUCCGGUGGUCUGUCCGCAGGCGUUGGUGCCGGCGUUGGUUUGUUCACUGGUGGCACCGAAGGUCACCCAUUCGUGCAAGAAUAUACCGGCGGUAUUAAUGCUGGCGCUGGUCUUAUCGUCGGUAUUGACGGCCAUCCUGUGACUACUGAGGACCACCAUACCGAAGACAACAUGGGAAACGGUUACGGCCAACAGGACCAGACAACCCCGAACCAAGUGAAUGGUGAACCCACCCAGCAGCAGGGACAGGGCGAUUCCAGCAAUCUGUACGGCGACAAUGGCUUGGAUCCUGAUGAGAAUGGUAGUACGAAGCAGAAGCCCGUCAAGAUGGGCUACGUGCCGCAGAAGGAGGUUUCAACUUCAGCCAUGCCAACUGGCCGUCGUCUUCGUGCGCAGAUCUGA